AUAUCAGUUUUCCCGAAGCCGGCGAAGAAGUAAUGUCCAUCUGGACUGAUCUCGCACGCCAGAUUUUUGUAUAGGUUGUUGGAGAUCAAGAUUGAAUACAUUGCAGGAAAUAAAGAGAGUCAACUAGAGAUAAAUCCUGUUCCUUCCGCACACCAUGGCCGGUCAGAUGGUGUGUCACUACGAGGUGCUUGGUGUCGAGAGAGACGCUGGAGAUUCUGAACUGAAGAAAGCCUACCGGAAACUGGCUCUGAAAUGGCAUCCUGACAAGAAUCCUGACAACAUCACCGAGUGCACAGAGAAGUUUGCUGUUAUCCAGAAGGCUUUUGAUGUGCUGGCUGACCCUCAGGAGAGAGCUUGGUAUGACAAGCACAGGGAAGCAAUACUCAAGGGCUAUGGGGAUGACUAUGAAGGUAGCUCCAUCAAUCUGAUGCAGUAUUUCACAGCUUCAGCUUACUCUGGUUUUGGUGACGAUUCCAAGGGUUUCUACACAGUGUACACCGAGGCAUUCUACAAAAUAUCGGAAGAGGAUCUGAAAUUCGCGAGCGGCGAUAAAGACAAAGAUUUUGAGAUCCCUCAAUUUGGAUCCUCGGACAGUUCUUAUGAGGAGGUGGUGCAUCCGUUCUAUGCUUACUGGCAGAGCUACAGUACGUCUCGGUCAUUUGUCUGGAAGGAGACUUAUGAUACCAGGGAUGCGCCAAACCGAAGGGUGGCCCGAUUGAUGGAGAAGGAUAAUAAGAAACUGAGGGAUGCAGCGAAGAAAGAAUGGAAUGAAGAAAUCAGGGCAUUGGUGUCGUUUGUUCGCAAGAGAGACAAGAGGGUCCAAGCCUACAGGAAACGUUUGGAGGAGAAAAACGCCGAGCGAGCAAGACUAGACGCAGAGAAGAGGAAACAAGAGAGGAUAGAAAGAGAAAAGCAAUUCCAGGAGUAUGCCAAGCAAGGAGCAGAGGUCCGUGCCGAGAUGGAAGCAGAACUGAGGCAGAUGGAGGCAGCUCUACAGGAGGAAUUCGGAGACGACUCGGCAAGCAGUGCAUCAGGUUCAGAAGAGGACAACCAGGAGGAGGAUUUUCUAAACGAUUUGUUUUGUGUCGCAUGCAAUAAGGAAUUCAAGAGUGACAAAGCAUUUGCCAAUCAUCAGAAUUCCAAGAAGCACAAGGAGAAUGUGGCUUUCCUCAAGGAGCAGAUGGCCGAGGAGGAAGAGGAGAUUGCCGAUGGGAGGCAGGAGGAAGACAGCUCCAAGGAGGAGGAGGAGGAGGUAGAUGAUGAUGCAGAUCUUGGAGAUUUACUUCAAGACAGUAAUGACGAUGAUGGAGAUGGGAUUCCAGAGAGUAACCAGCCAAAGAAAAAUAAAUUAUCUAAGAAGCAGAAGAAGAAAAGAAAACAGCAACAAGCGGCUGAAAGGUCCAAACCAGUCCAUGACGACGUUCUGGAAGAUUUGCCAUCACAUAUCGCCGACCGUCUCAAGAUGACAUCUCCAGAGAGAAGCCAAGAGGCAGACGAAGAAGACAAAGGGAUGGAUGAGGAUAAGGAGACAGGAGAAGAUGACAGGACAGGGGAAGUGGAUCCUUGCGAGAGACUUAAUGGCUCGGUGGAGGAUGCGGAGGAAUCAGAGAAGCCGGCUGUGAAGCUAAAAGGGAAGAAAGCUAAGGAGGCAAGGAGAGCUGCAAGGGAGAAGACGGCGAACCAGGAACAGAAGACAAAAGUCCAAUCAGCGAGUGAUGAUCCUGUUGUGUGCAAUGUCUGUCGGAAUGAGUUUCCAACAAGAAACAAGCUCUUCAAUCACAUCAAAUCAUCUGGACAUGCCCUUCAUGUACCCAGCAUGCAUCGGACAGUCGAUGGCGGUGAAAAAAGCGGUGCUAAAAGCAAGAAGAAAGGACGGAAAAAAUAACACCUGGUGUAGUUUAAAACUUAAUACAGUUAGUAACUUAUGUUGUAUGGCAGACGUACAAGCAUUUCAGUGUUUUGAUAAAAAAAAUUUUGAUCAACCAUCUAUAGUAGACGAGCAUUGUGAAUUUCACAAUUCUGAUUGUCCAUAACUGUGAACAGAAACUAGGGGUGUGGGCGGGAUAAAACAUUAAUAAAAUAAUUGGCAGAGGGUUUUGAGGGUCGUCGGGGGCCCCAGGGCAACGUAGGGGUCUAUGUCAUAUGUUCGUAUUUGUCAUAAAACGACCCUUAAAAUACCAAUGGCAUUUCUUCUAUUCUAUAUAAUUUUUUAAAGGUAAAAAAAAACACCUUUAGGCCAAAAAAAAAAGUCUCCGGUUUCUGGUAUACGCGUGCGUCGUCGUAGCCAUGCGCGUCGGCAAAAUGAAGACAAUCAUGGAAAGAAUGAAGUAUGUAGUUUCCAGACGCCACCUCUUCAGUUGUGUACACAGUCUAUGGAAAGUCAAGAAAAUUGUCGAAGUAUUUCCUAACAAAAUUGGAAAUGUUUCUCAGUCUCAGAUUCAUGUCUUUUCAACAUUUUUGCAAUGACUGACCUUUAUUGAGAUGAUAUAUUAAGAGAAAAGUGGCGUCAGGUUGCAACAUUCUUUCCUCAAUCAUGUGCUGAGCACCUGGACUACGUACAAACCUGCAAAUCCAAGUUUGAAGCCACCCCAAAAAAAUCCUGUUUGAAAUACGCAUAAACAUGGUAGCCUCUCAGACAUAAUAAAUUGCAAUGAUAUAUUUAUUGACAACAUUAAAUUGCAGUUAAAUAUUUAAUAAAUACACAUAUUCAUUUCCAAAAAGUCUGCUCAUUACCCAACAAAUAUUUUCUUUGGGUAUUCAAAAAUAUACGGUAACUUAUGUUAAAUAAAUCAUGUGAUAUUUCUGUAUCACAGCAGGAAUAAAAAACUGAGAUAUUUCAUAAAUAAAAGCAUUUUGUUUCCUUUCUUGUGUGAAUAGUACUCAAAUAUAAAUGUAAUCCUAUAUUUUGCAUAGUAUUUUCAAAUACUAACAAUACGUUUACAUUUUUUUCUCUUUUGUCCAAAUGUUAAUUUGAUUAUGUAACAACUAGAGAUCAUGAAAUAUUACAAAAUGACCAAAUGUUCAUUCUUUUCUCUUCAUCAGCAUGCAGAAAUAUACAAAUUCUGAAAUAUAUCUCAAGUUUGAAAAGCUUUUUAAGAAAAUCACCGUAAAAAGUUAUGCUAAUGAGAUGAAGUCAUCCAUGUCUCUCGAUUGCUUUUGAGUUCAUGACCAGCAUAUCCAACGACGAAAUACAUAAAUCAGACACAAAAAAGGGGUUUCCAGAAAGACGUUCAUAAGGAACUCAAUAAAUAAAUUGUUGCUUUGUAAGAAACAAAAUUCCUUUGAAAAGCAUACACUUCCUUUGGUAUAAACAAUCUUUUCAAAUAUUUUGGUUUACUUCCACCGAAAAACAUAAAAAAGAAUUUUAAACUACUACCCAGAAUCCGUUUGCACAUUUCCGAAGAAAAAUCAAUAAUUAAAAAAAAAAAAAUCAUAUGUAUCAAUAUAAAAUAAAUUAUACAAUUAAAUAAUUGUUUUGACAUAAUUCAAAUUCAAAUUCAAAAUAAUUACAAACAAAAAAGGGAAAAGGUUAAAGAACAGCACUGCCUGACAGUGCUCCUAUGUACAAGUAUAAGCCACUUAUUCACAAUAAGAACGGUUAGAGGUAUCAAUUCAUGCACAAGAUUCAUUACAUUUUACACACAAAUCUGUAAUUUUUAAAAUGUUCAUUGAACACUUUAUUAUACCCGUUCAAAUCAAUGUGGAUGCUUGUUUGUGUCAAGUCACUCUGCAGAAAUGGGAAUUAUAGGCAUAUAGGAUCAUUUGCAUUUAUGCCAAAAAUAACCUACCAAAUUAUUGUCAAAAGUUUGCUUGGAU